CAGACGUCAGACGUCGGCAUAUGACGUUUAUUUAUUUGAUUUGUUUAAAAUAAAUUAAGUCAAAACUACUUAGCGGUAGUGGCACCGGUAUUUAUUUUGCAAAUCUAUUCAAACUCAACUUGAAAGAAAAUAUAAACCAUAAGCACCACACCCUAAGGAAAAGUAAAACUUCCGUUGAUAACAGUUAUGAACAAAUUGUAUAUUUACAGUGUUUUACUUGGCCUCCUGCUAAGUGUAUUUUCUAGUGUUUCUGAAGGAUGUAAGGGAUGUGUUAACUUGGAUGAAUACAACUUCGACAAAAUCGUUUCCAGAUUUGAAGCUGUUUUAGUUAAAUUCGACGUGAACUACCCCUAUGGUGACAAACACGAUGUAUUUAACACUCUCGCUACCGAAAUUGUGGAUAGCAAGAACUUAAUACUAGGACAAGUUGCUAUCAAAGAUUAUGGUGAGAAAGAAAACGAAGAAUUUGCAAAAAAAUUCGGUAUACAAUCCAAAGAGGAUUUACCAGCUCUCAGACUUUUUGUCCAAGGAGAGGAUGAACCAUUUGCUUUUCACAAAAAUAUGUUAUGGAAUAAUGAAAACUUGAAGAAAUUCAUAGUAGACCACACUAACAUUUACCUAGGACUUCCAGGAUGUUUGGAAACGUUUGACAAAUUAGCCAACAAGUUUUCAAAAGCUAAUGAUAAGGAUUCUGUUCUUAAAGAAGCUGAGAAGGCAGUUGCAAAGCUAGACACAGAUAGAGAAAGGGAUAUUGCUAAAACAUACAUCAAAUUCAUGAAAAAAACUAUUGAGGCUGGAGACACUUUUAUUAACCAAGAACAAAAACGUCUAAACAAAAUAGUAUCUGAAGGAAAAGUAAACGAAAAGAAGAAGAGGGAACUAUCUAAUCGCCUUAACAUACUGAAAUCAUUUAGUCAAGAAGUCUCAAAGACUGAACUCUGAUGGAAGUGGAUUUUUCUUGCAUACCUAAUAGUUUUUCCAGUAAUGUAUGUUUUUGUUCAAAGUAAAUGCCAAAGAGCUGAUACAAUGGGUAAAGAUUGAAAUACAAAGAAAAUGAGUACAUCUGCAUCCUCUACAAGUGAAAGAGUCAACUGUGGAUUAUAAGAGCAACAACAUGGCAAAUGUCGGCAUUUGAAAAAAUUAUGAAAGCUAUUACAUGUCAUGACAAUUUAUUUAUUUAAAACAUGUUGUGUCUGUCCUCAAAUCGCACAUCCAGUUCAAAAGUGUAACUCCAAACAUUUUAUUUUUCUCUCAUCCAUCAUCUUUUCCCUCAAAAAACUGUAAUAUUUAUAUCGCAACCUUUAAAAUAUAUCGGUGGAGGGAGCAAACCAAUAUGUCACAAUUAAAAAUUUAAAGCUCAUGGUCUGGUAAAAACAGUAUUAUUUGAACUUGGGACAAGAAGGUGCACUAGUUCCUGGUGAAAAUAUUAAAAAAAGUAUUAAGAGCGAAGGCGCAAAAUUUCGGACCAAUGCUUUUUAAAUGCAUUCACUUUUUUUUCGAAUACUGAGACAACUAAUAAAUAUUUUUGAAAAAUUUAAACGCAGAAUGAAAGAUUACAUUAUUACCGAGGAUCGAAAGUCCAUUAAAAUAAACAAAACAAAAUUUAAUGACAUAUUUGAAUUUAAAAAUUACACCAAAUUUUGUUUUUUUUUUCUUCACCAAUGUAACUUAUAAAAAUCAUAGAAGUUUUCGGGGACAUUUGGCCCUCAGUGAUAUUGUAAUCUUUCAUUCUGCAUUUAAGUUUUUCAAAAAUACUUAUUAGUUUUCUGAGGAUUCGAAAAACAUGAAUGCAUUAAAAAGCAUUGGGCCGAAAUUUUACGCAUGUGCUCUUAAUUCUUCAAAAAGCGGCCCUAUAACACCAAUGUGUUUUAAUUUUUCUUUCGGGAAAAAGUGUAUAUCAAAUUUUUGGAAGAAAACUAUAGCAUUUUGAAUCAAUAUGUAAUUUUUAAGUUGUUACUUUCUUUAACAUAUAUUUUUCCUAUCUCACUCUAGCCCAGUUGUGAUGACAGGUAAAAUACUGAUACAAAAAUUAAAUGCAUGCUAUCUAAAGUAAAAAAAUAUAAUAAGAAAUAAUCAAAGCAAAUAUUUUGAUUUCGCUCUCCUGUAAAAUUUUAAUAUUCUGAGUUGUUAUGGUUUAGAACGGGAUGUGCGAAAUAUCCUAUGAGAAUUUGUUUCUUUAAAAGUUGUUGGUCGUUUUUUUUUUUAAUUUUUAACAUCUGGUAAUAUCAUCACUCCAGUUAUAAAAAUUAAAUUCAUAAUAAUUGAUGGUUUAAGUUAUGAAAUACAAUUAUUUUCAAAAUAUAUGAUACAAAGAGUUCAUCUUUCGCUUAAUUUUGUAUUUUAUUCUGUGAUAUUAUUAUUGUUAUUAUGUAUUAAAAACAAUAUUUUAUUAAAUCUUAUUUUGCUGAGAAUGUAAAAAAGUCAUAGUAUGUGAAAUUGUAAUAAACCACUUCAUUAUCCUUUUUAUGUACGUACCUGUGGUGGUAAAUAUUAGUGAGAAUUAAAUAUUUUUGUCUUCCGUAUGAAAUGGUACCAAUAUUUUUAUAAGAAGUGUUCUAAUGAUCUUUAAAAAGUUUAGUAGCAAUUGACUUCUGUAUUUAAUUGGAAUAAACCACAAUUUUAUUCAAAAUUAUUAUAUAAUAUGAUGUUUUCACUUUAAAGAUCAUUAUCAAAAUACGAAAUAUUAAAAUUAUUUGGAUUAUUAAAAUUAAAUUAAAUGAGAAAAAGGAAAUUAAAAUGUUUUAAGUUGUGGUUUAUCCCCAUUAAUAUAAAAAUUGCCACAGGAAACUAGUUUCAAAACCAUAUUGUCUAGCAAUAUUUCAAAACAUGAUAGCUCUCUAUCAAUAUUUUUAUUGUUUUGCUUUCUUUGAGUCUUGAAAUUGUAGAUAGUAUUUAGUGGUAUGUUUGUAUUCGCUCUGUGCGUGACCAUGGUGGGGGUACCCUGAAAUGAUGCCAGCGUUAGUAGCAGCAAAAUAUGACAAUAUUGGAGGUAUCUUUGUAAUGUCAUUGUCAUUAUUGCUUGUACAACAAAUUUGAUCAAAAAUGGUAAAUAAUUAUUUAUUGUUGCGUAAGUAUUUAAUUGUGGUAAUAAUAGCCAAAAUAGUAAGUGUAAUUUCUAUAGAUCUUCAAUAAUGACAAAUAAAUUAGAGAAAAGAUUUAAAAAAAAGGAAAGGCUCAAAGUGUGGUACGUGGAAGAAUCUGAGAGAGGAAGAUAUGGGACUACUGAUGAGGGGGAAACAACCCCCGAAACCGGUAUAGACUCUUCCUGCACUCUCAGAUUUGACCAGAGUAUUAUGCAGCUGCCGCAUUUUCGUGUUGCAAAGAAAUUGAAAAUGUUUAUACAUUUUUAGGAGGAGUAAACUUAAAAGACAGAUUCACGCCAAAUAAUGUUACCAGAGAAAUCACCAGAUUCAUAUUUUUUGGUUGACCAUGUCGACCUUCGAUGAUAAUCCAGUAAUCUCGGACAAUUUAUAAGACUACUAACAGUUGGCUAAAGAGUUCUAAAGACAACAUUUUUUUUAUAUAAAUGCAGACUAAAAAUCUAAAGGAUAUACUUAAUCUUAUUGGAGGCCGAGAUUAGACAAAAGAAGUAGAGGAAGACCACCUACUCGUUGGGCUGACGAUCUCAAGAAAAUGUCAAGAAAUUGGAUGCAAAGUGCUCAAAAUAGAGCACAAUGGACAAAAAUGAGGGAGGCCUAUGUCCAGAAGUGGACGCAAAGGGCUGGAGGAGGAUGAUGAUGAUGAUACUUAAUCUUAAAGUAAUAACUAAGAAAACACAAAAAAUCGCCGAUAUAAUUUAAUUAACCUAUGAAUUAUAAAUGUCAAUAGCGUCAAAAUUUCAUAAUUUAGUGGAGUAAACUUGCCUGCGGUUGGACCAAUUACAAACAAGCAUUCCAGCGCGGUAAAGUUGAAUUACUCUUCCUGGUUUAAAAAUCGGGAUAGAUUUUUCCCUUUCUGUUCCGUUUGGGGUUGAAAAUAUAAAUUGUGAUGAAUUUUUAGAAACCUAUUUCUUAAUACUACAUCCAUUUUAUACAUAAAUGGGAAAAGUAUCGUUAAAAAACUAAUUAUUGAUAAUUUGCAACUUCACAAUAUGUAUUUAUCAUAAGCUUGACCUCAAAUUGUGAUCUCCAAAAAUGUCAGGUGAAGGCGCUAGGUGUCGCGUCAGUCAUGCACGGAGCGAAUACCACUUUUUGAACUAGAAAUCUUUCAAUUCGCGAUGAAAUACAAAGUAGCUGACCUCUGGUGGAAUAAAUUUAAACUACUAUAAGUGGUAUAAACAAACCAGAAAAUUGUUGAUUUGAAUGGAAUUUGGCCACUAUUAUGAAAUUUUUAGUAAAUUUCAGCAUUAUGAGUACAUUAAAAUAUUUUAAAUCAAAUCGGUAUUGUUCUAUUCCUUAAUUGAAUGUUUGUUUAUACCAUUUAUAUCGGCCAUUUUCUUGCAUUCGACCUGCCCUCUAUAUUCCGUUUCAAUCGCGAAGAGUUGUGGUGUUAUUUCCAAAAAAUACAAAUUUGUUUAUUUAGUUAUAUGAUUCAACUUCUGAAGCUCUAUCUUACAUUUAACUACAUAUAUUAUGUAUUAUGCUUUUUCUGUUAAAACUCUCUUGUACCAUCGAUGGAUGCACUGGUAUUAUUUGAUAACGACUGCACCUGUCAAAGGUAUGCAGGUAGUGUUAGACACGGGCGCCCAUAUAAAAAUUUUAGGUGGGAGCCAGACGUGAAGAAGUUACACAAUAUAUUUUGUAUACUUUGGAUAACCAUAUAUAAACUUACGUGCAUAGAAAUCGGCCCACUUAAAAAUUUGGUCAUAUAUGAUGUCUCAUAUUUCCUAAACCUAGUGGCCGAUUUAAGUGAUUUUUUGAAGAUGUUAGAGCCUGAUCCUUUAACAAUACCAAAGUAAUAGUAUUGUUGCAAAACAGGUAAAUUUUCAUUAUAUACCGGGUGUACCAAUCAAACUGUGUUUUUUUCUCAAAGUUCGCAUCACCCUGUGGAAUAUUCUAGCAUUUAUAAAAUACUGAAAUUAAAACCCAACUAUAGCCUCAGGUUUUCUUAACAUUCUGUUUUUUGAUUCAUUCAUUUAAGUUGGAUACUAAAAAAGUUAGGUACUUUAACAAGUAGACAUGUUCUUCAUCAAUACACGGGGCGUCUAAAUAACUGUGACAAACUUUAAGGGGUAAUUCUGCAUGAAAAAAAAUAGACAGUUGGCUUUAUAAACGUAUGUCCGCAAAUGUUUCGUUUCCGAGAUACGGAAUGUUGAAUUUUUUUCUUACAAACUGACGAUUUAUUUUAUUGCUUUAAAACCAGUUGAGAUAUGCCAAUGAAAUUUGGUGGGUUUUAAGACGUAGUUAUUGCACAUUUUUGACAUACGAUUAAGAAUUUAAUAUUCACCAUUAACGCGCGUACGUGCAAUAUGACCAAUCAUAUUACCCGUAUGCACGCUAAUGGUGAAUAUAAAAUUCUUUCUGUUUCAUAUGGGCUCUCUGAACCGCAAAGUGGAAUGUUCUCCUGGCGGUGCCUUUUGGUAUGUUAUACCUGGGUUAAGCAGAAAGCUUGAAUUGAGUCGAAAUUCAUUUCAAUAAAAUUCUUAAUUUUAUGUAAAGAAAUCCGCAAUAACUAUCUCUUAGAACCUACCAAAUUUCAUUUGCAUAUCUCAACUGGUUUUAGAGCAAUAAAUACAUCGUUUGUAAGAAAAAAUUCAACAUCCCAUAUCUCGGAAACGAAACAUUUGCGGACAUACGUUUGUAAAGCUAACUGUCAUUAUUUUUUCAUGCAGAAUUGCCCCUUAAAGUUUGUCGCACUUAUUUAGAAACACCGUGUAUCGAUGAAGAACAUGUCUAGUUGUUAAAGAACCUAACUUUUGUAUUAUUAAACAUAAACGAAUGAAUCAAAAACAGAAUUUUAAGAAAACGUGAGGCUAUAGUUGGAUUUUAAUUUGAGUAUUUUAUAAAUGCUACAAUAUUCCACAGGGUGAUGCGAAUUUUGAGAAAAAAAACACAGUUUGGUACACACGUUAUACAAUGAAGAUUUACCUGUUUUGCAACAAUAAUAUUACAAUGGUAUUGCUUAAGAAUCAGGUUAUAACAUGUUCAAAAAAUCACUUAAAUCGGCCAACAGGUUUAGAAAAUAUAAGACAUCAAAAAAUGAGCAAAUUUUUAAGUGGGCCGAUUUCUAUGCUCGUUUGUUUAGUUUAAUGCACCCGAAAAGCUAAGGGGGGCCACGGCCCCCUCCUGCUUAUGGGUAUGGGCGCCCAUGGUUAUAUAUGUAACUACCAUCUGGGGAUAGAUCUUACAAUUUUAGUUUUUUCAACAUAUACUACUCUUGUGCUUGUCUUCUAUUUUAAACAAGCCCAAAUAUCUUUUUUCUAAAUGUCUUACAUUUGUAUGUUUUUCAUGAAUUUUCAAGAAAAAUUUUGUUUUUGUUUAUAAACUCACAAAGUCUGUUCGUUCGUUAGUGCGUUGCCCGCCCCUGCAAUACUUGGAGCCGAUCUACCGAUGUAUUCGCAUGUAAUUUUGUCUCCUAAUCCCAAAUCUGAAAACGUCAUUUCGAUAUCUCGAAACAUCUUCGGGAUAACCGACCUCAAAGUCGAAAAUUGUGAUGUCGCAAACUUACAUCUCGGGGCAGCCCAUUUAGGAUCCUGAUUACAAACGUUUAUAACCAAUGCCAGCUAAGAGCUUAUGCGGAUAUGCUUUUUCUUAUGAGGAUCUUUCAGUGCUUCACAGUUUUUCGAUUUCUUUCUAACGCAUUAAAUUGUAUGUGACAGAAAAAAACGCACGUCGGUGAUUACAUUUCGUCGGUGACAUUUAUAACAUUUAUUCUAGUUGUCAAUAGAUGGCGCUAUAAUUGAAAAUAAAAUAAUUUGCGAAUUAUAUAAUAUAUCUACGAAUAUAAUCUGAACAAUUUAUAAGACUAUACAAAUCAAAGAAAAUACCAUUUUAUAAAUGCAAUAAACACAAUUGAUUUGUUUUUAUGCCAAAUUGCAAAUAACGUGUGACAACUGUCAGAUUUAACUAAAACGUCAUGUCACUAAAAUGUAUAUUAUCACGGACUUACCUUUUUUUCUAUCAUUUGUGACGUACUGAAAAAUGCUCAUGAAAAAAAGCAUAUAUAAAUACGCAGUAAGAAUGGAUUAUUAUUACAUGUAUUAAUUUAUUAAUAUACUUAAAACAUAUAAUUUCAUCUAAAAUACAUAAAAAAAUAUCACAAUCUUUCGAGUAUAUUCGUUUCGGCUGACACAAAUAAACGACAAAUCGAAAUUGAAACGUCAAACAAAUUUUAUUUUAUUAAUGUUAAAUGACAGCUUACUAUGUUUUAUUUGAGCUGUCUACCCAAUAAUAUAAUACAUAACAUAACAUAUAAAUUCAGGUUAUAUCUUGUUCUUCUAAUGGCGCUACAACCCUUUGUGAGUCUUGGCCUGCUGAAGAACAAUUUUCUUCCAUUCUGCCCUGUCGGAUACUUUCUUUCGCCACUGCCUGAUGUUCAUGGUUUUAGAUACGUCGUCUAUCCAUCUUUUACUUGGCCUUCCUCUUCUAUUUCCUUGGGGUUUCCAUCUCUGGAUUACUUUUACAGCUCGAUUAUCUGGCAUUCUUUCUAGGUGACCAAGCCAGUUUAGUCUUUGUGACUUUCAAAUCUAACAAUAUCUGCGCUCUGCAUUAGUUCAUCCAUAUCGUGGUUCAUUUUAAUUCUCCACGAACCAUCGCAGCAUUGAGUUGGUUCAAAUAUCUUCCUUAGUCUUUUGCGCUCAAAUAUUAUCUGUUGAUUUUCAUCAGUGGUAGAGGGUCCACGUUUCAGUCCACGUUUCCAUAUUACCACUGAUAUAUUUAGUAUUUUGUAGAUUCUAAGCUUAGACUCACGAUUCAGCAACUUACUUGUCAGGUAAUAUAUUGCAUAUAAAUAUUUUCAACGAAAACUUUUCGUUUAUAAAUUCGCAAGGUUUGUUCGUUCGUUUGUGCGCCGCCGCUCCUGCAAUAUUUAAAGGCCACCUAGCGAUGGAUUCCUAUGUAGUUUUGUCUUCUGAAUCCAAAUCUGAAAACGGCAUUUCAGUAUCUCUAACCAUUUUCGGGAUAUCCUACCUCAAAGUCGUCAUUGUGACGUCACAAUCGUUCUUCAAAUAUUUAUUUUAAGGUACUAUAGUUUAUUUUUUAACCAGGAGGAGUAAACUAAAAAGACAUAUUCACACCCAAGGAAGUCACUAGAAUAAUAACCAAAUUCAUCUUCUUUUUUGGUUGAUCUAGUCGGCCCUCAACGGUAAUCCAUAAAUAUUAUACCGGGUGUCCACUUAUAUUUUCCCCCAUUUUAACUGCCUAUAACUUCUAAACGGCUCAAGAUAGAAAUAUGCGGUUUUCACUGAAAUGUUUUAUUUUAGUAAAAGUUUUGUCUGAAUGGAUGGAAUUUUUUAUAUCGCUUUCAAAUACGAAAUAAAAAAUGGCGGAUUUUUGAAAAGAACUUUGUUGACUUUUUUUAAUGGAACACCCAGUAUAUUCUUUUGUAAAUUGAAAGAAAGGUAUUAUAUCUAGCGAUAUAAAGUUUUUCAAAAUCGGUUGUCAAAUCAUUGAGUAAUUAAUUUUUAAAAUGAGAGGUGCAACGUGGAUUUCACAUACCUAAAUAACAUAACUAACCAAGUUAUGUGAUUUCCACAUUGCAUCUCUCAUUUUAAAAAUUAAUUUCUCAAUCAUUUGACAACCGAUUUUAAAAAUUUUUAUAUCGCUGGAGAGAUAAAUGACCGUUUUUUCAAGUUUUUAGGUAAAUGACCAUUUUUUAUAUCGCUUUUAAAUAAAAAAUGGAGGAUUUUUGAAAAAAAAAAAACGUUGUUGACUUUUUUUAUUAAAACACCCAGUAUAUUUUUUUGUGUCUUGAAAAAACGGUCAUUUACCUAUCCAGCGAUAUAAAAUUUUUUAAAAUCGGUUGCCAAAUGACUGAGCAAUUAAUUUUUAAAAUGAGAGAUGCAAUGUGGAAAUCACAUAACAUAAUAUCAUUUUGCUCAGUUAUGUUAUUUAGGUAUGUGAUAUCCACGUUGCACCCCUCAUUUUAAAAAUUAAUUACUCAGUGAUUUGACAACCGAUUUUGAAAAACUUUAUAUCGCUGGAUAGGUGAAUGACCUUUCUUUCAAUUUACAAAAAAAUAUACUGGGUGUUCCAUUAAAAAAAAGUCAACAAAGUUUUUUUCAAAAAUCCGCCAUUUUUUAUUUCGUAUUUGAAAGUGAUAUAAAAAAUUCAAUCCAUUCAGACAAAACUUUUACUAAAAUAAAACAUUUCAGCGAAAACCGCAUAUUUCUAUCUUGAACCGUUUAGAAGUUAUAGGCAGUUAAAAUAGGGGAAAAUAUAAGUGGACACCCGGUAUUAAAUUAAUAUGUCGCUAAAGAGUUCCAAAACAACUGGUUUUUAGUAUAAAAGUAGACUAACAAUCUAAAAAUUAAAGGAAUAACACAGAAAACACAAAAAUCGCCGAUAUAACUUAAUUAACCUAUGAAAUGUCAUUAGUGUCAAAAUUUGAUAAACCAAUGUCAUUAGUAUCAAAAUUUUAUAACUGUGGAGUAAACUUGCCUGCGGUUGGACCAAUUACAAACAAGCAAUACAGCGCGGUAAAUUUGAAUCACUCCUCUUGGUUAAAAAACUUGGCUUAGUACACUUAGUCCUGUCGCCAGUAGGGGUAGAACGGCCUCCUUAAUUCAGAUGGACUUACCCAAGUUUUAUUUAUGUAUUUUGACCCGUAGAACACGAAUUUUUUGGGUAACAGUCGAUCCGGAUGUCGAUAAGAUUGUUAUAAACAAAGAACUUGAGGAAUCACAUAACAGCGAUUUUUCGCAAAACAAAGCAUUUUUUUGUAUAUUUUGAGUCAUUCUAAGCAAAAAAUGUUUUUACAAGUUUUUUCGUAGGAUGCAUAGUCUUCGACAUAAACGAGGUUGAACUUUUAAAAAAUCGAAAAAUUGCAAUUUUUUAACCCGAAUAACUUUUGAUUGAAAAAUAAAAUAGCAAUUCUGCUUACUGCAUUUGAAAGUUCAAGUCAAAUUCUAUCGGCUUUGAAUAUUUUCAUAGCUAAAAAAUAAUUUUUUUAUUGUUAAACAAAGCUUUAAACACAUAGUGAUUGAAUGGGGUUUUCAAGGCAUUUCUAAUUUGAAAUCGAACGGUUAGGCGCGUAUACAGAAUUUCUACGUAUAUUACGCUUGCAUUUGGCACGGGAAACACUAUGUGUUUAUAGCUUUGUUUGACAAAUAAAAACUUAAUUUUUAGCAAUGCAGAUAAUCAAAACCGAUGUAGUUUGACUUGAACUUUCAAAUGCAGUUAGCAGAAUUGCUAUUUUAUUUUUUAAUCGAAAGUUAUUCCGGUUCGAAAAUUGCACUUUUUCGAUUUUUUGAAAGUUCAACCGCGUUUAUCUCGAAAACUAUGCAUCCUACGAAAAAACUUGUAAGACCAUUUUUUGCUGAGAAUCACCCAAAAAAUACAAAAAAAUGUUUGGUUUUGCAAAAAAUCGCUGCUAUGUAAUUCCUCAAGUUCUUUGUUUAUAACAAUCUUAUCGACAUCCGGAUCAACUAUUACCCAAAAAAUUCGUGUUCUACGGGUCGAAAUACAUAAAAAAAGCUUGAGUAAGUCCAUCUGAAUUAAGGAGGCCGUUCCCCCCUGGCGACAGGACUAACUUUAAAAGACCAAAAAUAAGCAUUUUUUCAAGAUUUUUUUCUCAGAAUCUUUAUUAAAAAUGAACAUAAAAGUUUUUACAUAUUAAUAUCUAACUCUUACAGAAUGAGAAUACCAAAAAUAUAUCUUUUUGCAUUUAUGGACGUACACUAAUAUUGUAGAGGGCGCCAAAGUCGAGGCCUCGAAAAAAGUAAUUCCGAUGGUGGACCAUUAAUCUCAGGAUUGGGAUCUUUGAAACAAAAAAAUCGUACGGCAUUUGAAAAAGUAAGGUUUCUUACGUGACAAUUUACCACCGUUAAUGAAAAAUUCCGCAAAAAAAGAUUUUAAGGAAAUUUGAUAAUUUUUUGUGAAAAAAUUGCCCGUUUUUGCACGGUACUCUCUAAUAGUUAGGUUUUAAGAGGUAAAAAAUUGUACUCUCGAGUUAGGUAUUAAUAUGUAAAAAGUUUUAUGUCCAUUUUUAAUAAAGGUCCUGAGAAAAAAAAUUCUCGAAAAAAAUGAUUAUUUUUGGUCUUCUAAAGUGUACUAGUACCUUAAACUAACGUAGGUAAUUUAUUACUCGACUUAUUUUAUUCCAUGGUGUACUUGAUGUACGUUAUUGAUGAAUUUAAAUACGUAAAUAAACAAAGUUUUCGUUAUGAUAAUGCUCACAUUUUCAGCUUGUUCUCUGUAAUGAGGAUCGAAAUUGAAGGGGUCCAAAAGAAAAGUUAAAUUUGGUGGCAGAUACAUAUUAUUUAUUUUUUCAUAAAGCAGCUUUUAGUUAUUCUACUGGUUUGUGAAAGAUUCAAUUUUUAUCCAUGUUUCUUAUGCCGUAUCAAUGUUUAAUUAGAGAUGCAACUUAUUCUGUUUAUAUCAGUGGCAGAUCUACGGGGAGGGAAAAGGGGAAAUUCCCCCACCUAACAAGGUCCAAAAUUACAGAAAAAAAUUGUUGAAAAUUAAAAAUGUAUUAGCUGACAUGAAACUUAAACCACAGACAGACAAAUUCAACCCAAUAAACACUCUAGUUAAGAAAAUUAAGGGAACUUAAUGCAUAAUAUAAGUUAUUAUUUAUGUCUUUUAUGUAGUUUGGUUUUAUCUUUUUUAUGUCUUUUGGAUGGUGUUUCAUUGGAAGUUUCCCCCCUAAGGCAAAUUUCCCCUCCCAAGACAAGUGUCUAGACCCGCCACUGGUUUAUAUUUGUAAUUUAUUACUCUGGUAAUCUAUUGAUUACUAAAAUUAUGGUUUUACAUAUUUUUAUCAUUUUACAUUUAUGUUUAUCACAAGACUUUGUAUGUUUGUAAGAUAUUAUUUAAAGUAAAGCAUAUUGGUACAAAAAUAGGUCAUUUGUUUUUUACAGAAUUCCGGCAGCUAUUUUUUUAUGAUUUUUCAUAAUUUUUCUUUUGUAAAAAAACUUUUUUUGUAUCAUACUUAAAAAUGGAGCUAACUAAUUUCUGUAUCAAACAUUUUAAGUCUUGGUGCUGUUUUAUUCCUAAAGGCAAUCUAAAUAUGUAAACAGAAGAUCUAAUUUUUUAUGAAAUCUUAAUUGAAAAAGUUUAAUGGCGAAAAUUAUGUUCAAUCUGUUGUAACUGAAUUAUUUUGUGAUAAAUAGCAUUCCUUUUUCGAUAGUAUAUUUGCAUUUGAUGCAUUUACUUUGUUUUUAUAUUAUUUGUUAAUAGGUUUUAUUUUGAGAUGUGAAAAUACAGUAUUAAAAGUA